AUGUGCCACUUGAAAAUUUUAUAUGAGUUGGAAUGUUGGAUAGAGUGGCAGGGUACUUUCCGACCUGAAGACUUUCACUUGAAAGAGCGGUCUCCUUAUUUUCUCAACUUGUACACACAUAUGGCAAGGUCAUGGAAAUGCUUAACGAUUGUCAAUUGAAACGCCUUGUAUCUGCUUUUCUGCACCAGAAUUCAAGUAUACUCUCCUCGAUGUUGUUGCAAUGCUUUACAAUAAUCCUUUUUAUAAACUUUGUACAAUACGAAGUUGAGAAACUCUGAAAUUAAUAUAUCUUAUCUGGCAAACUGGGAACUUCGCAUCACGGAAAUCGGUGGACUGAGGUAUGGGAAUGAUGCCCUCAAGCUUCAUGAUCAUCCAACAUCAGUUUGGGCUUUAAAUAUAGAAGUGGUAUUAUUUCAGUAUCCCUGUGCUUCUUUUAUAUACCAGAGAUGAGAAUUGUCCGUGUUCUGUUGCUGUUUUCUGUAUUCUUGCUUCCUAGUCAUUUUUCAUCGUAUCUUUGCAUUAAUUCAAGUGCAUCUAAUGGGUGUUUGGCAUAUGAUGGAACAGAGAAGUGCCUUCUGAAAUUCUGUUCUUAUAAUGCAAGUGCUUGCUGCGAUUCUGCCAAAGAUAUGCAUUUGCAGCAGCUAUUUCAGACAUUCAACAUCUCCAAUAUUGCAUGUGCUUCUCUCCAAAAGUCAGUCUUAUGUGCAAUAUGUGACCAGAUUUUUGCUGAACUUUUUAAAGGGGAAUCAGGCCUUAGAAAUGUCUCUGCUCAGGGCAGCUUCACAUUUUUAGAGAGGUCUAGUCGUUCUCAGGAUAAUUCUUCAACUGAGUUUUGCAUGAAGGUGUGGGAUACAUGUGAAAAUAUAUCCAUAUUGAAUUCCCCAUUUGCUUCUUCAAAGAAAGGAAGAGCUGGUAAGCAAAUGUGUCCCUCUUGUUCCAAACUGAUGGAUGAAUGGCAGUUGAAGAAAGGUUUCUGUGAAGCAUUAGUUAGAUCUUUAGAUACAGGAGAGUUGCCUUUUUGUGAUGAAUCUGUUUCCCACUCGAAAGUAGAAGCUCCUUGGCCUGUAGAUGGUCUGUGCCUUGAGAAAAUUGGAAAUGGGGCAUAUAUUAAUAUGGUUCCGCAUCCUGAUGGUUCCAACCGUGUCUUCUUGUCGAACCAGCAAGGGAAAACAUGGUUGGCAAACGUUCCUGACAGGGGAUCUAAUGGGAUUUUGGGCAUUGUUGAAUCCAAACCAUUUCUAGACUUAACCAAAGAAGUGGCCUUCGAUAUUGGGGUCGGUUUAAUUAGCAUGGCAUUUCAUCCAAACUUUGUAAACAAUGGCCGCUUCUUUAUGUCAUUUAACUGUGAUAAAAUGAAACAGCCAGGAUGUGUUGGGAGAUGUUCAUGUAAUACAGAUGUGGAUUGUGAUCCCGCAAAGCUUGGUGCCGAUUAUGGAGUCCAGCCAUGUCAAUAUCAUAGCAUUGUCGCAGAGUAUACUGUUAAUGAUACUUUAUCAAAGCCUUCCUUGGCAAAAAGAGCAAAUUCAGCAGAAGUGACAAGGAUAUUAACAAUGGGCCUUCCAUACAGCAGCGGUCACGCGGGUCAAAUUCUUUUUGGACCUGCAGACGGGUAUCUCUACCUUAUGAUUGCAGAUGGUUCAGAUGGAGAUGAUCCUUACAAUUUUGCACAAAACAAGAAAACAUUGCUGGGAAAGAUCUUGAGAAUUGAUGUAGAUCAUAAACCAAGUGUGACGGAAAUUAAUGAGCUAGGUCUAUGGGGAAAUUAUUCUAUACCAAAAGAUAAUCCAUAUAUAGCUGACAAGGAACUAGAACCCGAGAUCUGGGCCUUAGGUUUUCACAAUCCUUGGCGUUGCAGUUUUGAUUCAGAAAGACCAUCCUACUUCAUUUGUGGAGAGCCUGGACAGGAUCACUAUGAAGAGGUUGACAUUAUCAGAAAGGGUGGGAAUUAUGGGUGGCAAGUUUACGAAGGUCCUCUGCUUUUCCAUCCAGCACCAACAGAAUCUCCAGCAGAAUCUCCUGGAGGAAACACUUCUAUCAGUUCAAUAAAUCCCAUUUUUCCUGUAAUGGGCUAUAACCAUUCUGAGAUAGAUACCAAUAUCGGAUCAGCCUCAAUAACGGGUGGUUAUUUCUAUCGUUCCAGGAUUGAUCCAUGCUUGUAUGGCAGGUAUUUGUACAUGGAUUUGUAUGGAGUAGGUUUAUGGGCCGGCACUGAAAAUCCUGAAAACAGUGGGAAAUUCAACACCACCAGAAUUCAAUUCAAAUGUGCUCACGACUCUCCAAUCCAAUGUAGUUAUAUGGCAGGAAGUCCUCAACCUGACGUGGGUUAUGUGUUCUCAUUUGGAGAAGAUAAUAAGAAGGAUGUUUAUAUUCUAACCAGCACAGGUGUAUAUAGAAUAGCACGACCAAGCCGCUGUAAUUUCACAUGUUUAGAACAACAUUUUGCAACUCCAACUCCACAUUCUUCUUCUCCAAAGUUACUGAGUGGGAGGAAAAUUAUUGUUUUAUUUCUUUCUGUUUUGUUACUCAUCCUGGAUGACAUGUCAUUUGUAUAUGGCUAGAACGAUCUGUCAUCCACGUAAAUUUGUAAUAACCGACUCGUCAUUCAGUCACUGGAGUAUAAUUAUCAUUUGGGUUAUAUUACAAUAAAAUGUUUUUCUCUCUGAU